AGAAAAGUUCACGUUUAUAUAACUGCAGUACAAAUGGAGGGUCAAGGUGAAAGUAAAGAAAAAGGUUCCACUCACUGCCUUAUUGAGGAAGAGUACACUAUUGCAGUUCCUAUGGUACGGCCGAAAGCAGCAUUCUUGGAACUGUUGAAACAGGCUGGAGCUACACAUGAAGUCUUCACAAGGAAAGAAAUCCUCAGAUACUUGAAAGUAUACAUAAUCUCUAAACAGAUGUUUGAUUUUGAAAAUCCUAGUAUUGUGCACUGUGAAGGUGACCUGCUUGGAGAGGUGUUUGGUGUCCCACAAUUUACAAUCAAUGAUGUCUUGAACCUGCUAGCAGAAAACUGCAUACAGCUGCCAGAUACACAUUUACAGAGAAAGGUCCAUCUGGUGUCCAAACCAUGUAUCAACUCAAGUACUGUACCUACCUCGAGCUCUAACCUUGAUUGCCAAGCAACUCCUCAAACCUCAUCAUCUGUCAUUACAAGUACAUCCUCACAAAAUUCACAAAGCAGACAAUUAAAUCUACCUCGUACCAAAAGUAGAGAGUCCUCUUUGUCCAGCUCAAGCGGUGAUGAAGUUGACAGCGCUGAAAAUGCAACUUGUAAAAAUCCAGUUAAUGGUACAACUGAUAAAAAUGCCAAAAAAGCAGAUGAAUGUCUGCUGUUACAUGCAAAAAGACAUAUUCAUAGCCAGGGUAAUACUGGUGAAAUGUCACAUGAUCAAAUAAUUGAACUGGAAGAUCAGAAUAAGGAAUCAACAGAUGAGAGUUCUGUCAGCCCUUCAAGAAGGAAAAGAAAGAACACAAACAGUCCAGGUGAAGCUUCGGGUCGAAAACCACUUCCUGUACCAACAGCAGGUGAGCCGUCAAGAAAAUGUGGAACAUCUUUAAGUAUCACAUGUGGGGACGAUUCCGACAAAGACGGGUAUCCAUGGUACUUUCAAGGAGAUUUGGGAGACGGAAGUGAUAAUGAAAGAAGUGAAAUAAUAAGUGUUCAGGGAAAAGAAACUGUUAUUGUUCAGGAUUCUUCAGAUGAUCUUUGGUUCUUGGAGGAAGAUUCUACAGCUGUUGAGGUACCAUCAGACACAGAGUUCAGUAUAGAAUAUGACAUAGAGUCAGAUAUCCCUUCACCAGUUGAAUCUGAUCUCAGUUCUGUACGAUCAGGAGAGAGUUUCCUGGUUGUAUGUAAAGAGAGUGAUGUCGAGUUCUUUGCUGACUGCAGUGAUUCUGGUAACGAUGGAGAUAAAGAACUUACAGAGGCUGACAGUUGGACUUGUACAGAAUGUAACCAGUCAAAUCCACCAGUACAGAGGUAUUGUGGGAGGUGUUGGAAACUGCGGACAGACUGGUUAUGCUCUCAGCAUGGAUCUGAUGACAGACACAUAGAUAAAUUUGACAGAGUCACAUCAAUGAAAGAAAAAGACAAAAGUCUUUGUAAAAGUGCUUCUGAAAUUUGUGAAGAAGGCGUUACAACUUUAAAUGAUACAUUGAUGAAAGAACUUGCAGAACCUCGAUAUUCUUUCUCCAAUAUGCAGCUGAAACAAAGUGAGAGUAGUUGUAAUGCAAAUGACAAGGAGAGUGCCAGUGCAAUAGUUACCAAACCCCCUAGUGUUGCAUUAGAAGAUCCUUGCAUAAUUUGUUUGACACGCUCGAAGAUGGCUAGUCUUAUUCAUGGUUCAUCAGGUCAUCAAGUUUGUUGUCUUUCUUGCGGUAAAGAUUUGAAGAGACGUGGAAAAUUGUGCCCAGUGUGUCGUAGACCAAUACAAAAAGUUGUCAGAAAUUACAUUUUGUAGUUCUAAUUGCCAGUUGUGUUCAGAUCCAGUUUAGUUUCAUCACAUUUUUAGCUCGAAUAUUCAUAGAAUAGUAGAACUAUUGGACUCGCCCAUGCGCCGGCGUCCGCAUCCUGAUUUGGUUGUUUUUGUAUGUAAGCUGGUAUCUCAGCAAGCACUUGUGGGAAUGGAUUGAAACUUCACACACUUAUUCACUGUGAUAAACUGACUUACAUUAUACAGGUUCCAUAACUCUAUUUUGCUUUUUUACAAAAUUAUGCCCCUUUUUUGACUUAUAAAUUUUUAGGGAAGGUUUUGUAUGUAAGCUGGUAUCUCAAUACUCACCGAUGGGAAUGGAUUGAAACUUCACACACUUGUUCACUGUCAUGAUCUGACAUGAACAAAGCAGGUUCCAUAACUCUGUUUUGCCUUUUUACAAAAUUAUGCCCCUUUUUCAACAUAGAAAUUUUUGGUUAAGUUUUUGUAUGUAAGCUGGUAUCUCAGUAUCCACUAAUGGGAAAGGAUUGAAACUUCACACACUUGUUCACUGUCAUGAUAUGACAUGCAGUGCAAAGGGUCAAUAACUCAAAUUUGCAUUUUACAAAAUUAUGCCCCUUUUUCAACUUAGGAGAUUUUGGUUAAAUUCUUAUAUGUGAGCUGGUAUCUCAGUACCCACUAAUGGGAAUGGAUUGAAACUUCACACACUUGUCCACUGUUAUGAACUAAUAAGCUCUAUGCAGGUUCCAUAACAAUAUUUUUGCUUUUUAGCUCACCUGUCACGUAGUGACAGAGUGAGCUUUUGUGAUCACCCUUCGUCCGUCCGUCCCUCCAUCCACAAUUUCUUGUGAACAAGAUAGAGACCACAUUUUGUAAGCAAUUUUGAUCAAACUUGUACAAAACUUGUAUUGGCAUGAUAUCUCAGUUCUUCGAAAACUGGCCGGAUCCCGUCAUGGGUUCUUGAGUUAUUGCCCCUUAAAGGGCCAGAAUUUGUUAUUUUUGUGCGUCAGCAAUUUCUUGUCUGCAUCAUAUUGGUUUCAUUUAUGAUUUUAUUUUAACCAAACUUGCACACAACUUGUAUCACCAUAAGAUCUUGGUUCCUUUCUUAAACCGGCUAGAUCCAAUUAUGGGUUCCAGAGUUAUGGCCCCUGAAGGGCCAAAAUUAGCUAUUUUGACCUUGUCUGCACAAUAGCAGCUUCAUUUAUGAUUUGAUUUUUACCAAACUUGCACACAACUUGUAUCACCGUGAGAUCUUGGUUCCUUUCUUGAACUGGCCAGAUUCCUUUAUGGGUUCCAGAGUUAUGGCCCCUGAAAGGGCCAGAAUUAGCUAUUUUGACCUUGUCUGCACAAUAGCAGCGUCAUUUAUGAUUUGAAUUUAAUAAAACUUGCACAAAACUUGUGUCACCAUAAGAUCUUGAUUCCUUUCUUGAACUGACCAGAUCCCAUUAUGGGUUCCAGAGUUAUGGACCCUGAAAGGGCCAAAAUUAGCUUUUUUAGCUCGACUAUUCGAAGAAUAAGUAGAGCUAUCCUACUCACCACGGCGUCGGCGUCACACCUUGGUUAAGUUUUUCGUACCAGUCCACAUUUUGACAAAGUCUUUAGAGAUAAAGCUUUGAAACUUUCAACACUUAUUUACCAUCACCAUGGCCAGUUAUAGGCAAGAGUAUGUAACUCCAUCAAGGAUUUUGGCUGAAUUAUGGCCCCUUUUGACUUAGAAAUCAUGGUUAAGUUUUUCGUACCAGUUCAUAUUUUGACAAAGUCUUUUAAGAUAAAGCUUUGAAACUUUCAACACUUGUUUACCAUCACCAUGGCCAGUUAUAGGCAAGAGUACAUAACUCCAUCAAGGAUUUUGGCUGAAUUAUGGCCCCUUUCGACUUAGAAAUCUUGGUUAAGUUUUUCGUACCAGUUCAUAUUUUGACAAAGUCUUUUUAGAUAAAGCUUUGAAACUUUCAACACUUGUUUACCAUCACCAUGUCCAGUUAUAGGCAAGAGCACAUAUCUCCAUCAAGGAUUUUGGCUGAAUUAUGGCCCUUUUUGACUUAGAAAUCUGGGUUAAUAUUUCGUACCAGUUCAUAUUUUGACAAAGUCUUUUGAGAUAAAGCUUUGAAACUUUCAACACCUGUUUACCAUCACCAUAUCCAGUUAUAGGCAAGAGUACAUAACUCCAUCAAGGAUUUUGGCUGAAUUAUGGCCCCUUUUGACUUAGAAAUCUUGGUAAAGUUUUCCGUAACAGUUCAUAUUUUUUGUAAAGUGUUUGACAUAUGGCUUUGAAACUUUUAUCACUUGUUUAGUAUAAUAGUCUCUAUCUGUAGGAAAGAGUACAUAACUCUGUCAUCUAUUUUGGCUGAAUUAUGGCCCUUUCUGGACUUCGAAAUUGGUUCUGUUUUCAUACAAGUCCACGUUUUGUCAAAACUAUUUGACAUAUGGCUUUUAAACUUUGAACACUUGUUUAUCAUUAUGAUUUCCAACUGUAGGCAAGAGUACAUAACUAUUUUGACUGAAUUAUGGCCCUUUUUGGACUUUGAAAUUGGUUCAUACAUUGCCAUUUAGUGCAAGACUUAUCGAAAUCAAAGAAAUACAGGAACAUUGUUUGUCUAAUGUAUUUAUUUCUUUUGUCUGAAUAUCUGUGGAAAUAUUUUGACUCCAUUCUUCAAUCAAUUCUUCGAAUAGUCGAGCGCGCUGUCAUCAGACAGCUCUUGUUGACCUUGUCUGCACAAUAGCAGCUUCAUUAUGUCUCCGACCACACAGUGGUGUGGGAGACAUAUUGAUUUACUCCAGUCUGUGUGUGUCUGUCUGUGUGUCUGUCACAAAGCUUGUCCGCACUCUAAGUCGAACAUUUCUCAUCCGAUUUUCACCAAACUUGAACAAAAUAUGUUUGACCAUAAGACCUCGGCCAAGUUCAAUAACUAGUCCAGGCAUUUUUGAGUUACGGCCCUUGAAUUAUCGAAAAAUCGGCCUUUUUACUCUUGUCCGCAUUCUUUAUCAAACAUUUCUCAUCCGAUCUUCACCAAACUUAAACAAAAUGUGUUUGACCAUGAGACCUCGGCCAAGUUCGAUAACUAGCCAAAUCAGUCCAGACAUUUUGGAGUUACGGCCCUUGAAUUAUCGAAAAAAAUCGGCCUUUUUACUCUUGUCCGCACUCUAAGUCGAACAUUUCUCAUCCGAUCUUCACCAAACUUAAACAAAAUGUGUUUGACCAUGAGACCUCGGCCAAGUUCGAUAACUAGCCAAAUCAGUCCAGACAUUUUGGAGUUACGGCCCUUGAAUUAUCGAAAAAAAUCGGCCUUUUUACUCUUGUCCGCACUCUAAGUCGAACAUUUCUCAUCCGAUCUUCACCAAACUUGAACAAAAAAUCUUUGACCAUGAGACCUCGGCCAGAGACAUGGGUUCCAGAGUUACGGCCCCUGAAAGGGCCAAAAUUAGCUAUUUUGACCUUUUCGGCAUAAUAGCAGCUUCAUUUAAUAUUUGAUUUUAACCAAAUUUGCACAAAACUUGUAUCAGCAUAAGAUCUUGAUUCUUUUUUAUACGCCCAAAGGGACAUAUUAUGUUAUCGCCUUGGUGUCUGUCAGUCUGUAUGUCUGUUGGUUAGCAAUUUCCCUUCUGCUCUGUAACUGUUGAACCCCUUGAAGGAUUUCAAAGAAACCUGACACAAAUGUUCACCUCAUUGAAACAAUGUGCAGAGUGCAUUUGGAUGGCUCACUUCAAGGUCAAGGUCACACUUAGGGGUCAAAGGUCAUAUGACUUUGUUUUGUGUGUAUAUUGCUCUGCAUUUGCGUCGAUUGCAGUGCUCUUGUUUUUAUUUGGCAGAUCCUUCUUUUGUUGACCAACAAUAAUUUUUAUGCCCCCAAAGGGAGGCAUAUAGUUUUUGAACCGUCUGGCAGUCUGUCAGUCUGUCAGUCUGUCCACAAUUUUCGUGUCCGGUCCAUAUCUUUGUCAUCGAUGGAUGGAUUUUCAAAUAACUUGGCUUGAAUGUGUACCACAGUAACACGUGUCGCGCGCAAGACCCAGGUCCGUAGCUCAAAAGUCAAGGUCACACUUAGACAUUAAAGGAUAGUGCAUUGAUGGGCGUGUCCGGUCCAUAUCUUUGUCAUCGAUGGAUGGAUUUUCAAAUAACUUGGCUUGAAUGUGUACCACAGUAAGACGACGUGUCGCGCGCAAGACCCAGGUCCGUUGCUAAAAGGUCAAGGUCACACUUAGACGUUAAAGAUUAGUGCAUUGAUGGGCGUGUCCGGUCCAUAUCUUUGUCAUCGAUGGAUGGAUUUUCAAAUAACUUGGCAUGAAUGUGUACCACAGUAAGACGACGUGUCGCGCGCAAGACCCAGGUCCAUAGCUCAAAGGUCAAGGUCACACUUAGACAUUAACGGUCAUUUUUCAUGAUAGUGCAUUGAUGGACGUGUCCGGUCCAUAUCAUUGUCAUUCAUGCAUGGAUUUUAAAAUAACUACGCAUGAAUGUGUGACACAGUAAGACGACGUGUCGUGCGCAAGACCCAGCUCCGUAGGUCAAAGGUCCUAAACUCUAACAUCGGCCAUAACUAUUCAUUCAAAGUGCCAUCGGGGGCAUGUGUCAUCCUAUGGAGACAGCUCGUUUUCAGUUACUUCCCUUUUAUGUUACUAUAAAUAGCUUAUUAAGUAACUUUAUUAUUAUUGGCUGUAGGGAAAAACCGAGACCACUUUCCUGUGGUAAAACAUGGAUGGUACCUCCAAUUUUUAGGUGUAUUUUGACAUAUCUGUACCUUGUAAGAAUUUUUUAUUUCUUUUUGGUUAAAUUUCGCCCUUUGUUGUUUCUGUCCUUUGGACUUAGAUAUUUUUUUCUGAGGACUUAGAUUUAUUUUUAAUUUCUUCCCUUUGUUGUUCCUGUCCUUUGGGCUUCAUCAGUCAAAAUUUUGCUCGAUGUAAUCCUUCGGGCAUGAAACUACUGGCCUGAUUUGAAAAUAAUUUUAUUUGAAGUAACUUUAAGAAAAUUUCAACUAUAUUUUCUCAUAAUUCUUUUGAUUGAUCUUGAUUAUGAUUUUUUGACCUUCUUGUCCUUAAGUGCAAUGAUAACAAGUGAGCGUUAUAGGGCCAUUUUGGCCCUCUUGUUUACUAAAUGAUGCCCCUUUUUCAACUUUUAUAUUCAUUCAAUCGACAAGGCUGUUGAAUAGUCGAGCAUUGCUGUCCUCUGACAGCUCUUGUUUUUCUUUCAGGCACUUUUUAUUCACUGCCACAUAUCCAUGUUAUAAUGUUUUCUGCAAAAAUUUUCCAUGAUAUGAGUUUUACUGCAAAACUUCCAUGUUACUUUUAAAGUGCUAUUUUUAGCUCACCUGUCACAAAGUGACAAGAUGAGCUUUUGUGAUCACGCAGCCGUCGUCCGUCAGUCCAUGCGUGCGUGCGUAAACUUUUGCUUGUGACCACUCUAGAGGUCACAUUUUUCAUUGGAUCUUUAUGAAAAUUGGUCAGAAUGUUUACCAUGAUGAUAUCUCGGUCAAGUUCGAAACUGGGUCACGUGCGGUCAAAAAUUAGGUCAGUAGGUCUAAAAAUAGAAAAACCUUGUGACCUCUCUAGAGGCCAUACUUUUCAAUGGAUCUUCAUGAAAAUUAGUCAGAAUGUUCAACUUGAUGACAUCUAGGUCAAGUUUGAAACUGGGUUAAGUGCCGUCAAAAACUAGGUCAGUAGGUCAAAUAAUAAAAAAACCUUGUGACCUCUCUAGAGACCAUAUUUUUCAUGGGAUCUGUAUGAAAGUUGGUCUGACUGUUUAUCUUUGUGAUCUCUAGGUCAUGUUCGAAACUGGGUUACGUGCGGUCCAAAACUAGGUCAGUAGGUCUAAAAAUAGAAAAACCUUGUGACCUCUCUAGAGGCAAUACUUUUCAAUGGAUCUUCAUGAAAGUUAGUCAGAGUGUUCAUCUUGAUGAUAUCCAGGUCAGGUUCGAAACUGGGUCACUUGCCGUCAAAAACUAGGUCAGUAGGUCAAAUAAUAAAAAAAACUUUUGACCUCUCUAGAGGCCAUAUUUUUCAUGGGAUCUGUAUGAAAGUUGUCCUAAAUGUCCAUCUUGAUGAUAACUAGGACAGUUUUGAAACUGGGUCACGUGCCUUCAAAAACUAGGUCAGUAGGUCAAAUAAUAAAAAAAAACUUGUGACCUCUCUAGAGGCCAUAUUUUUCAUGGGAUCUGUAUGAAAGUUGAGCUGAAUGUCCAUCUUGAUUAUAUCUAGGUCAAGUUCGAAACUGGAUCAAAAACUAGGUCAGUAGGUCUAAAAAUAGAAAAACCUUGUGACCUCUCUAGAGGCCAUACUUUUGAAUGGAUCUUCAUGAAAAUUUGUCAGAAUGUUCAACUUGAUGAUAUCUAGGUCAAGUUCGAAACUGGGUCACAUGCCAUCAAAAAACUAGGUCAGUAGGUCAAAUAAUAAAAAAAUCCUUGUGACCUCUCUAAGGCCAUAUUUUUCAUGGGAUCUGUAUGAAAGUUGGUCUGAAUGUUCAUCUUGAUAUCUAGGUCAGCUUCAAAACUGGGUCAACUGCGGUCAAAAACUAGGUCAGUAGAUCUAAAAAUAGGAAAACCUUUUUACCUCUCUAGAGGCCACAUUUUUAGCUCACCUGUCACAAAGUGACAAGGUGAGCUUUUGUGAUCGCGCGGUGUCAGUCGUCUGUCGUCUGUCCAUGCGUCCGUAAACUUUUGCUUGUGACCACUCUAGAGGUCAAAUUUUUCAUGGGAUCUUUAUGAAAGUUGGUCAGAAUGUUCAUCCUGAUGAUAUCUAGGUCAAGUUCGAAACUGGGUCACGUGCCUUCAAAAACUAGGUCAGUAGGUCUAAAAAUAGAAAAACCUUGUGACCUCUCUAGAGGCCAUAUAUUUCACAAGAUCUUCAUGAAAAUUGGUCAGAAUGUUAACCUUGAUGAUAUCUAGGUCAAGUUUGAAACUGGGUCACGUGCCGUCAAAAACUAGGUCAGUAGGUCUAAAAAUAGAAAAACCUUGUGACCUCUCUAGAGGCCAUAUAUUUCACAAGAUCUUCAUGAAAAUUGGUAAGAACGUUCAUCUUGAUGAUUUCUAGGUCAAGUUAGAAACCGGGUUACGUGCCAUCAAAAACUAGGUCAGUAGGUCAAAUAAUAGAAAAAUCUUGUGACCUCUCUAAAGGCCAAAUUUUUCAUGGGAUCUGUAUGAAAUUUGGUCUGAAUGUUCAUCUUGAUGAUAUCUAGGUCAAGUUCAGAACUGGGUCAUGUGCGGUCAAAAACUAGGUCAGUAGGUCUAAAAAUAGAAAAACCUUUUGACCUCUCUAGAGGCCAUAUUUUUCAUGGGAUAUGUAUGAAAGUUGGUCUGAAUGUUCAUCUUGAUGAUAUCUAGGUCAGUUUCGAAAGUGGGUCAUGUGCCAUCAAAAACUAGGUCAGUAGGUCAAAUAAUAGAAAAACUUUGUGACCUCUCUAAAGGCCAUAUUUUUCAUGGGAUCUGUAUGAAAGUUAGUCUGAAUGUUCAUCUUGAUAUCUAGGUCCGGUUCAAAACAGGGUCAUGUGCGGUCAAAAACUAUGUCAGUAGGUCUAAAAAUAGAAAAACCUUGUGGCCUCUCUAGAGGCCAUACUUGUGAAUGGAUCUCCAUAAAAAAAUUGGUCAGAAUGUUCAUCUUGAUGAUAUCUAGGUCAAGUUUGAAACUGGGUCACGUGCCUUAAAAACUAGGUCAGUAGGUCAAAUAAUAAAAAAACAUUGUGACCUCUCUAGAGGCCAUACUUUUCAUGGGAUCUGUAUGAAAGUUGGUCUGAAUGUUCAUCUUGAUGAUAUCUAGGUCAAGUUUGAAACUGGGUCAACUGUGAUCAAAAACUAGGUCAGUAGGUCUAAAAUUAUUAAAAUCUUUUGACCUCUCUAGAGGCCAUAUUUUUCAAUGGAUCUUCAUGAAAAUUGAUUUGAAUGUUCACCUUGAUGAUAUCUAGGUCAGUUUCGAAACUGGGUCACGUGCGGUCAAUAACUAGGCCAGUAGGUAUAAAAAUAGAAAAACCUUGUGACCUCUCUAGAGGCCAUUUUUUUCAUGAGAUCUUCAUGAAAAUUAGUGAGAAUGUUCACCUUGAUGAUAUCUAGGUAAAAUUCAAAACAGGGUCACAUACCUUUGAAAACUAGGUCAAUAGGUCAAAUAAUAGAAAAACCUUGUGACCUCUGUAGAUACCAUAUUUUUCAAUGGAUCUUCUUGAAAAUUGGUCAGAAUUUUUAUCCUGAUAAUAUCUAGGUCAAGAUCAAAACUGGGUCACAUGAGUUUAAAAACUAGGUCACUAUGUCAAAUAAUAGAAAAAACGACGUCAUACUCAAAACUGGGUCAUGUGGGAAGAGGUGAGCGAUUCAGGACCAUCAUGGUCCUCUUGUUUAAUGGAUCUUAAUGAAAAUUGGUCUGAAUGUUCACCUUGAUGAUAUCUAGGUCAGGUUAAAUAAUAGAAAAACCUUGUGACCUCUCUAGAGGCCAUAUUUUUCUUGAGAUCUUCAUGAAAAUUGGUGAGAAUGUUCACCUUGAUGAUAUCUAGGUCAGGUUCAAAACUGGGUCACGUGCUUUUAAAAACUAGGUCAUUAGGUCAGAUAAUAGAAAAACAUUGUGACCUCUCUAGAGGCCAUAUUUUUCAAUGGAUUUUCAUGAAAAUUUGUCAGAAUUUUUAUCUUGAUGAUAUCUAGGCCAAAUUCAAAAUUGGGUCACAUGAGCUAAAAAACUAGGUCACUGUGUCAAAUGAUAGAAAAAACGACGUCAUACUUAGUUCAAAACUGGGUCACAUGGGGACAGGUGAGUGAUUCAGGACCAUCAUGGUCCUCUUGUUUUCUUAUAUGAUCUGCUUUUUAGCUUGACUAUAUUCAUAGAAUCGGACUCGCCUGUGCAUCAGCGUCCACAUCCCGAUUCUAAUUUGGUUAAGGUUUUGUAUGUAAGCUGGUAUCUCAGUAACCACUUGUUGGAAUGGAUUGAAACUUUACACACUUAUUCACUGUGAUAAACUGACAUACAUUGCACAGGUUCCAUAACUCUAUUUUGAAUUUUUACAAAAUUAUGCCCCUUUUUUCGACUAAGAAAUGGUUAUUUUUUUGUGUGUAAGCUGGUAUCUCAGUAACCACUUGUGAGAAUGAAUUGAAACUUCACAUACUUAUUCAUUGUCAUGAUCUGACAUGCACUAAGAAGGUCGCAUAACUCUACUUUUGUUUUGUUUUUUUUUUUUUUCAAAAUUUUGCCUCUUUUUCAACUUAGCAGCUUUUGGUUAAGUUUUAGCUCACCUGUCACAUAGUGACAAGGUGAGCUUUUGUGAUCACCCUUCGUCCGUCGUCUGUCCGUGCGUGCGUCAACAAUUUCUUGUCUGCACGAUAGUGGUUUUAUGAUUUUAUUUUAACCAAACUUGCACACAACUUGUAUCACCAUAAGAUCACGGUUCCUUUCUUGAACUGGCCAGAUCCCAUUAUGGGUUCGAGAGUUAGGGCCCCUGAAAGGGCCAAAAUUAGCUAUUUUGACCUUGUCUGCACAAUAGCAGCUUUAUUUAUGAUUUGAUUUUUACCAGACUGGCAUAAAACUUGUAUCCCCAUAAGAUCUUAGUUCCUUUCUUGAACUGGCCAGAUUCCUUUAUGGGUUCCAGAGUUAUGGCCCCUGAAAGGGCCAGAAUUAGCUCUUUUGACCUUGUCUGCACAAUAGCAGCUUCAUUUAUGAUUUUAUUUUAACCAAACUUGCACACAACUUGUAUAAUCAUAAGAACUUGGUUCCUUUCUUGAACUGGCGAGAUUCCAUUAUUGGUUCCAGAGUGAUGGCCCCUGAAAGGGCCAGAAUUAGCUAUUUUGACCUUGUCUGCACAAUAGCAGCUUCAUUUAUGAUUUGAAUUUAAUCAAACUUGCACAAAACUUGUGUCACCAUAAGGUCUUGAUUCCUUUCUUGAACUGGCCAGAUCCCAUUAUGGGUUCCAGAGUUAUGGCCCCUGAAAGGGCCAACAUUAGCUAUUUUGACCUUGUCUGCACAAUAGCAGCUUUAUUUAUGAUUUGAUUUUAACCAAACUUGCAAACAACUUGUAUUACCACAAGAUCUUGCUUCCUUUCUUGAACUGGCUAGAUUCCAUCAUGGGUUCCAGAGUUAUGGCCCCUUAAAGGUCCAAAAUUGGCUAUUUUGGCUUUUGCAGCCAUAUAGAGACUUCAUUUAUGGUUUUAUUUGAUACAAAAUUCCAAAAUAUCUUUAACAAUAAUAAAUCUUGGAUUCCAUGACAAAUCAGAUCCAAUCUUAGGUUCCAGAGUUAUUUUAUAUCUGAUUACCUCCCCUGAUUGUAAUCAAAAUGGAUUUAUAUCAGUAAGUACGUACAGGACAUAUUUGAAUUUUCAUUAUUGUUAUUAGUUGGACUGAGACAAUAUGGGUAGAUAACUUUGGACUGAUUUUAUGGUAAAUUAUCUCCCUUUAUUUCAAAUUAAAAUGGGUAUAUCUCCUUAACUAAUGAAGAUACUGAUCUGAAAUUUCAUUUAUGUCAACAGAUUUAUUUGGCAGAUCCUUCUUUUGUUCACUUACGAUAUAUAUUUUUUUAAUUACUUCCCUUUUACGUUACUAUAAAUAGCUUAUUUUUAGUAACUUUUUUAUUAUUGGCCGUAGGGAAAAACCGAGACCACUUUUCUGUGGUACAACAUGGAUGGUACCUCCAAUUUUUAGGUGUAUUUUGACAUAUCUAUACCUUGUAAGAAUUUUUUUUUUCUUUUUGGUUUAAUUUCUUCCCAUUGUUGUUCCUGUCCUUUUCUGAGAACCUUGUCCUCAAGUGCAAUGAUAACAGGUGAGCAAUAUAGGGCCAUCAUGGCCCUCUUGUUGUAUGUAAGCAGUGGUAUCUCAGUAUCCACUAUUAUGAAUAGUUUAAAACUUCACACCUUGUUCAUUGUCAUGAUCUGACAUGCACAGUGAAGGUCCCAUAACUCUACUUUGCAAUUUUACAAAAUUAUGCCCCUUUUUUGACUUAGCAGUUUUGGGUUAAGUUUUUGUAUGCAAGCUGGUAUCUCAGUAUCCACUAAUUGUCAGGAUUUGACCUGCAGUGCAAAGGUUCAAUAACUCUACUUUGCAUUUUACCAAAUUAUGCCCCUUUUUCAGCUUAGCAGUUUUUGGUUAAAUUCUUAGUACCCACUAAUGGGAAUGGAUUGAAACUUCACACACUUGUCCACUGUCUUGAGCUGAUAAGCACUGUGCAGGUUCCAUAACCCUGUUUUGCAUUUUUACAAAAUUAUGCCCCAUUUUCGACUUUUGUUUACAUGAAAUUGACAAGGCUGUUGAAUAGUCCAGCUCUUGUUGUUGGAGUUGUAUUGUAGAAAACUGUCACAAGCAAUUGCUUUUAUUGUAGAGCAGUUUUUAUUUUUGUCAAUUGAGAUUGUUCGAAUUAUCCACCCUAGGAUCAAAUAUGGCCCUGCCUCGAGGGGUCCUCUAAGCCAAAGGCUCAGGAUGAGGUAUUGAGAUCGCUCACUGUACAGCUUUUGUCCAUUGUCCGUCGUCCAUCCACACUUUCCUUAAAACAACAUCUCCUAAACCACAUUGCCAAUUUUGAUGAAACUUCACAGAGAUGAUCCUUUGAUGGUCUUUUUAGCUCACCUCAGUACGAAGUGUGCUCAAGGUGAGCUUUUGUGAUUGCCCUGUGUCCGUCGUCGUCCGUCUUACGUCCGUCCCUCUUCCGUCUGUCGUCAACAAUUUGACUGUUGACACUCUAGAGGUCACAAUUUUGGUCCAAUCUUAAUGAAACUUGGUCAGAAUGUUACCCUCAAUAAAAUCUUAUACGAGUUUGAUAUUGGAUCAUCUGGGUUCAAAAACUAGGUCACCAGGUCAAAUCAAAGGAAAAGCUUAUUAACACACUCCCUAGAGGUCACAAUUUUGGUCCAAUCUUAAUGAAACUUGGUCAGAAUGUUACCCUCAAUAAAAUCUUGGACGGGUUCUAUAUUGGGUCAUCUGGAGUCAAAAACUAGGUCACAAGUUCAAAUCAGAGGAGAAGCUUAUUAACACUCUAGAGGUCACAAUUUUGGCCCAAUCUUAAUGAAACUUGGUCAGAAUGUUACCCUCAAUAAAAUCUUAGAUGAGUUUGAUACUGGUUCAUCUGGGGUCAAAAACUAGGUCACCAGGUCAAAUCAAAGGAAAAGCUUGUUAACUCUUUAGAGGCCACAUUUAUGACUAUCUUCAUGAAACUUGGUCAGAAUGUUAAUCUUGAUGAUCUCAAGGUCCAGUUUGAAUCUAGGUCAAAUCAAAGGAAAAGCUAUUUAACACUCUAGAGGCCACAUUUAUGACCAUAUCUUAGUGAAACUUGGUUAGAAUGUUAAUCUUGGUGAUCUAUAGAUCAUGUUCAAAUCUGGGAGGUGGGGUCAAUAACUAGGUCAAUAGGUGAAAUCGAAGGAAAAGCUUAACACUCUAGAGGCCACAUUUACAACUGCAUCUUCAUGAAACUUAGUCAGAAUGUUAAUCUUGAUGAUUUUUAGGUCAAGUUCGAAUCUGGGUCAUGUGGGGUCAAAAACUAGGUCACCGGGUCAAACAGAAGAAAGACUAGUUAAUAUUUUAGAGGCCACAUUUAUGACCAUAUCUUACUGAAACUUGGUCAGAAUGUUAAUCUUGAUGAUCUUAGAGGUCAGUAGGUCAGGUAAGCGAUACAGGGCCUUCAUGGCCUUGUAAUAUCUUUUUUGGUCAUUUACUGAUUUUUAACAUUAAAAAAGUUUUGAAUCAAACAGAGCCUGCAACAGUUUCGUUUCUGUCGUGUUGAGCGACCUGUGAAGUUUCCACUUUUCUCUAUUUUGAAAUACUUAUAAUUUUCAUAUUUUCGUAUUCAGAUAUCUUUUUUCAAUAAAUAACUGUUUUAUAUGACAAGCUUGGUUUUGAAGCAAACAAGUAGUCUUAAAGAUUGUUAUUAAAUAUCAGAAAAUAAUUGAUUACGGUUUAUACAUAUAUUAAUGAUAUCAAAACAGCCGAAACAACAACGUACUAUUAGCAUGAUCGUCAAAUAAAACGGUAAUUAAUCAAUGUUACUAUCAAUAAAUAGUUUGAAAAAGAAUUUAUACCAGUUGAGAGAGGUCUUAUUUAACAGGUAUACUUCUUCCUAACGGUAAUAUGCCGGAAACCUGACAUAUCAAAGUUAUAAUUACAAAAUCUUUAUAUUUUUCAAACGAAUUCUGCAUAAAUGUUUUUAUAUUGUCGAAGUGAAGACAAAAUAAGUCUGGAAGAUGAAAUUGUUUUCAUGAUAUCCUAAUGGUAUCAUGUUCUUCAGCUUUAAAUAAAAGUGCUUUGAUUUUUGCAAAGAAGCUGAUUAUAUAAAUAUCGCUGAAAGACAAUAUAUUCAGUAAUAUACGCCCUCUGUGUGUCAUUUUAAGACCUAUAUAUUUACUGUAUCAAACGAGCCCAAACGUCAAAGCAGAUGAUACAUAUAUAUAUUAACGUGAUAGGCACAGUAAAAUUUUUUAUCAAUUCAUUAGUUACUCUUUCUUCAUGCUCCAUCAGGUCAUUGAAAGUCAAUGAGUGAACAAAAAAGCUGACCCGAGAUAAAUCCAUGCAAGACUGUUUUAUUAUUUAGUACUAUACGUAUGUGCUAUAUGCAGCAAAUUUAGAAUUAAAUCUGGAGAAAAUCUUCACGAAGCAUAGAAUGCAUCUGAGUAAAGUAAUAACAGACUCAGUUCGACAGAGUCGUUCAUGACGGGUCACCCCUAUGCCCCUUAGCACCGGCUAAAGGGGAACUCUGUUUUACAGGUUCUUUUAUCCCAUGUAACAACAAUGCAUCCAAGACCUAUAUAUUUAUGAUGUAAUACUGGCCAAAAUGUUGAAUCCGAAGUUAAAUAUAUAUUGUAAGUUACGAAAUCAUUUUGUAUGUUCUUUCAUGUCAAUA